AUGGCGUUGAAGGGCAUCUUUGGCGGCAAGGCCUCACCGGCCGAAACAAACAGUCAAAGCAGCAACGAAAAGGCUGCAUUCGAUGAAAAGAAGGGCGAGGCUUAUGAUGCCGAGGCGGCCGGAGGUAUCACGGCGCCUAUCAACGACACCGAUUCAGAUGCUAGCAUCACCAUCGGCAGACAGAUUGAGCUCGAGGCCAAUAAUGCCAUCAAGUACCGCACUUGCUCCUGGCAGAAGACUGCGGCCCUGCUCUUCUCCGAGUACAUAUGUUUGGCCAUCAUGUCUUUUCCGUGGUCAUACUCCGUCCUUGGUCUGGUUCCGGGUUUAAUCUUGACAUUCGUCAUCGCCGGUCUGGUCCUCUACACGUCCUUGACAACAUGGGAGUUCUGCAUGCGCCACCCCCAGAUUCGUGACGUCUGCGACAUUGGCCAGAUGUUGUUUUGGAACAAGAAGUGGGCCUUCUAUGUCACAGCUGUCAUGUUUGUCCUGAACAACGUCUUCAUCAUGGGCCUGCACUGUCUCGUAGGAGCCAAGUGGUGGAACACAAUCACUGGUCAUGGCGCAUGCACUAUCAUCUUCGCCGCUGUUACUGCCAUAAUUUCGUUUGCAGCCUCUCUACCGCGAACAUUUAAUACCCUGGCUACGCUAGCCAGUGCCUCUGCUGGAUUUACUUUUGUUUCUGUCAUCCUUGCAGCUGCCUUUUCUGGUGUUGAUGGUAAACCUGCCGGCUACCCGGACAAAGGCCCACUCGAGGUUUACGCCGUUACUCCGUCUAGUACUACCUUUGUACUAGGCAUGAGUGCAUUCAUGAACAUCAGCUACACUUUUAUUGGCCAGAUCACCCUACCCAGCUUCAUUGCUGAGAUGAAGAACCCGAGAGACUUCCCAAAAGCGCUAUGGGCUGUUACAAUCUGUGAAGUCAUCAUCUUCAGUCUUGUCGGAGGUGUAGUGUACGGGUACACGGGCAGCAACUAUAUGACGAGCCCGGCUUUCGGUUCCAUCGCCAACCAGGUCUACAAGAAGGUGGCUUUCACCUUUAUGGUACCUACCAUUAUUUUCCUCGGUGUCUUGUACGCCUCGGUCACCGCACGCUUCGUGUUGUUCCGGAUUUACGGCCCAUCCUCCCGACACAGGACUGGUCACACCGUUGUCGGAUGGGCGACAUGGACCGCGAUCCUCGCUGUGCUCUGGGUCUUCGCCUUCAUCAUCGCCGAGGUUAUUCCAUUCUUUUCCGACUUACUCUCGCUCAUGAGUUCGCUGUUCGAUUCGUUCUUCGGGUUUAUUUUCUGGGGCGCGGCAUACUUCCAACUUCGCUCAGAAAAGCAUGGACCGAACUACUGGAGAACACGUGGACUCAGGGGGUACGCUGGGUUCUUCUUGAACAUCCUGCUCUGCCUCAUCGGCCUGUUAUUUCUGUCUGCAGGAACGUACGCGACUGUACAAUCCAUUAUUGAUGGUUACAAAGCUGAUGGGUUUGGCGGACCAUUCACAUGCGUCGACAACGGAUUGUGA